UCAAGAUGACUUAUUUUAUUGAAUAGAUAAUUUUGCAAGUUCGUACCUAGUCCUACUUGGAUAACAGCCAAAAAGUUAAGAUAAUGGUACAAAACAGGUAAUCAAAGUACAUGUGAAAGGAGUGGUUUACUCGUACGCCUAUACGACGGACUGGCUUCUUCACCAUGACAAAAAGUUUAUGAAGUAUUGUACUUCUAUUUGCAUUGAGUUAUGCAUGGAGGAUGAUACUUUCAGCAGCUCAUGACAAGGCAUGUUAUUAUAAUUAAAUGCCCAUCACUGGCCACCGCAUUGGAAAUUUUGGGGAAAAGUGGAAAUCAGGAUGCGUGAUGGAAGAGACAUAAUAUUCUGACGAAGUCAUGGAAACCCAUCCAUUGAAAAAAGAAACUGUCCGUAACUGGGUAGGUUCAGCUCUCGGCCUUCGAUCACUAAGAGAUGGACUUUAUCCAUUCGUCAAGACGAAUGUGACGGAAUUCCACUCUUACUUGAAAGCUAGAGUUCAGUCUACAUGCCAAAUUAAGGAGUACACUUGUACAAAAUGCACGAUAGAUACAUUAUCUAUCAACCAUCUAGGAAACUGUCCGCAUAGAGAGAAGAAGCGCUGUCUUUGCUCAGCACGGAAAGGAGGUCAAAGAGUAACAUGUCUACAAAGCAAUGCGUGUGGUCAGAUGUACGAGUGUAUCACUGAAGAACACGUUCAUAAAUCACCUUCCUGGGAAAGAAUUGACGUUUCUAGAUGGAGUUGUGAUCCAUUUGCUGUUGCAUCUUGUUUCUGCAAUAAUCCUGAUUCUGGUGACCUUGAAUUGACAGCUUUAGUAAACAUUUGCUUAAACAACAAGUACAUUAGAGCUAAGAUCCAAGUUUCGACCCAGCAUCUUUUAGAUAAGAUUAGGCAUUCCCGAAAUGAAAUAUUUCACCAAUUCAACUAUGAAGUAAGUACCAACGACAUGAAAAGAUAUUUAGGAACAAUGAAAAAGCUGUUGCAAGAAAAGGACAUUAAUAUUUCUCCAGAGGCGAAACAAGGAGUUACCGCAAUCACACAGCUGAUGAAAGGUGAAAUUCAUAUUGUGAAUGAAGAAUUAUGCGACGCAAUAAAUGAAGCUAAGAAAGCAGUAACUACAGAUCUAAAUGAACUUAAACUGAAACUUAAUGAUGUUGAGACGUUGUCUGAUGACUUCAGAAAAUUAAAAGACGAUGUCCAAAAAGUACAGAACAUUUUGACAGAACAGGAAAACUCUCCGAUAUUGAAACGUAUUUGCAAACUAGAAAAGGGACAUGAACAACACGACAGGAGAAUAUGUGAUAUUGAAAAGUGGAGGAAAGAAAUUGAUCGAAUCAUCCGUGCUUCGCAGAACUCAACGUUGAAUGGAAAUGAAUGCAAAGUGAACCUGAAUAUGAAUCUUGAAAACGUUCCUCAACAUUGUGCCGAACAAGUGACUAAAGAUGUAGAAGAUUCUUUACAAGCAUGCGCCUCGGGACAGGUAGACAAUACAGACGUGGCGUCUGCAGCGGCUGACAUAGCAAAUACGUUACGUGCUGAGGGCAAAGAGUUACAACAAGCGAAAAAGAAGUGUAUACUUUUGACGUUCAAGUGCCAUACAUUGGAGAGUCUUGGAUCGCUACUGCUAGAAUGCCUGUCAGGAAAAAUUACAGAGCUGUUCAUUCCAAUGAGGACCGCGCUUAGAACUAAAUACAAUUGUCAACUGCUUGAUUUGGAAGUCUGCUUGUAUGAAAAAGAUUUUCUGGAUUGCUUGGACGAUAUAAGUCAACAUUUGAAAGACGCAUUCAUUACGCAUUCAUUCAAUGUAAAUGCCGUCGACACAUUGCCUAUCGAAAACACGGAUUUUCAGAUGUAUCUCAUUGAUCGCGCGAGAAAUCAACUCGAUUCAAGAGACAUGAAUUUCUUUUCAUUUCUGGAAGAAUCAAUUCAAGAAACGUUUGUUGAUCCUCUCUUCGUACGAAACAGACAGCAUGUGUCGGCUUCAGAUCUUCAGCAAUCAAUAAAGGAGCUUCAAAAAUCAGACGAAAAUAAGUGUUUGCUUUUAACUGGAGAGCAAGGCAUGGGCAAAACAGAAAUUUGCAGGACGCUUCUAUACGCAUGGUUCCAGAAAACAAAAGAAAAGUCGAUAACUAACGCUGAAGAAAAAACAACUGCUCAAUAUAGCUAUUUCCAAAAUGUAGCCCAGCAAGCGGUUGAAUCGAUUGAAUUUGUCAUUUUCAUUACAUUGAAUAAAAAGGAAACAGAGCUUCAGAUUGAAGACAUUGUUUUAUCUAGUUUGGACCCAAAGUUCGUGCCUACUUUCAAGAGGAUCUAUAAAGAAUUUCCAAGAAGUUUCAUGUUUAUUUUAGACGACGUGAAAUUCCCCUUCAAAAUAGAAUGCCGCUCUAACGUUUUAAUGUCGACAAGAGAACAAUUUUACCAUCUACAAUUGCCUCAAAACGUAAUACAUAUUCAAAUUGAAGGUUUGGACUAUGAAAAUAUUGCGAACUUUGCAAAAUACAUAGCAUGUCGAUUAUUUCCUGACACUCAAAAAGCAACGAAUUUUGUGAGUAGAAUUUUGAACACAGACCAGGUACAGGUCAAAUCCUUUGCAAGAAAUCCGCUUUUGUUUAAGUUCUUUAUGUAUCUUUGUUAUUGUGAAAAGAAAAGCUCGUUCAUCGGCAUCACCAAAGAUAACUUCGCAAUAAAGAAUAUUUGUUUGAACCACACACAGUCUGCAAUGAUUUUGUCCCUGCCUAUCCAUUUAUACUGCGAAUCUGUUCUAGCCGAAAGUAUAAUCUGUGAAACGGAUUCUGAAUGUGGAUGUCAAAAAAGAUUAACAGAGCAUUGCCUUGAUCAUGCUGGUGUUAUAACGACUAUACCAACGAACUGUUCAGUAAGUGAGUUGUAUUUGAAAGAAACGCAAAAUGUGCUGCGACAUACAAAAGAACUUCCAUUUGUAGAGCAGAUGAAUUUUGUGCAUAUAAGUUGGAUGUCAGAUAUUGUCAACUUACUGGGUUCCCCGACACCAUUGCUCCGUUUAUUAAAGCUCCAAGAUAUGCGCUUACACCAUUCAAUUAUAUGUCAUCUUCUUUGUGACAUUCCAAGCUUAAAAGAAGUGUUCCUGGUGCGGGUGGAUUCGCGAAAGGAUGAUGAUUGCAAGUGUUCCAAUCCAGCAGCGCUUGAAAAGGAAAUGCAUAUAGAAAUGUUGCAAAUGGAUUCAUGCAGUCAAAUAUUGGUUCACAUCGAGAAGGCAUUGAACGUGAAAACAAUUCGCUUAAAAAAUGUAUACGCACGAAGCGAUGUUGUAAGAAUAUUUGGAAACCCGACAUGUAGUAGUAUUGAGCAUCUUUCCUUGGACAAUAUUCGUCUUACUCAUACCGAAAUUGCACAACUUGUAUGCGACAAUGAAACAAUUACGACAGUUUCCCUGAAAAACUUGAAGACACAACAUGAUUUCGGUUGCAAAGGUAAGGAUCUUGAGCCCCAUAAAAAGUACAGCUUGAAAACGGUAUUAUAUCUCGAAGUUCAGUCUUCAAAGGGCUUCAUGAACUUGAUUCACCAUGCAAGUAUGCUGAAAAUAUUGCGUCUGGAGAAAUGGGACAGUGUUAAAAAAAUCUUACAGCUAACUAUGGACUGCAAGUUAUUAACUGAUCUAUAUGUUGAUGUCGAUCAAAUAAGUCAUACAGAGGCAACUACCCUAUUUUGCGGUAUACCGUCAUUGCAACGAAUUAAUAUAUCUACAAAAUCCUGCGUGUUCGACAGUGUUUGUGGAUGCAGACAAAAACCAGUAAGAAAACAACAUCGUAAACAAUUUACAUCGCUUUGUGUUCGAGAUGUAUCAAUAAACGUGGUGGCCUGCCUUUACCAUAUCAAAGAUUUUUCUUUGUUGGAGCAGUUGACAACCGAUGUAGAUAGUCUUUCCAGGAGGGACAAGUCCAUACUUUUCAAAUCACUCCGUCAGAGCCACACGUUGCGUUAUUUAACGUUUAAUGGUACACAGAUGGACGGAAACACAUUGGUUGAGAUACUCUAUGCUUUACCAAUAUCACAACAGACGCUAACGGUAGAGCUAUUGAGUUGCAAGUUGACUGGUGCUUCAAGUCUUGAAGUUGUAGUUGAAGCUGGACCGCCGAAUUUUAAACUAAAAACCUUUUCUGUGAAUGAAUUGUGUUAUCAAUCCGGGCAGAAAUAUCUACUUAUCGAGGAUGCAGCGAUAAUGCUCGAACAAUUUUAAAAUAUUAAUAAAGUAGUUAUCAAAUAACACGACUGCUAUAGCCUGUAUCAUGGGCAGAUUCAAUUUUGGAAUUGAAACGCAAAGCAACUGAUGGCCAUAUUUCGACUAAGAAUUAUUAUUUCCAUGGAUGCCACUAUCAAAACCUUACGGGUAAAUUUCGUCAAUGUUACCAUACUGUUAUCGCGAAAGUGAAACUCUUAUUCAAAAUCAAUACAUACACAUGUAUAACAAACAUAAUUUUUAAGUGAUAAACAUAAAACUAUUUAUUAAAUAAUGCAUUUAUUGAAAAUAAGAAAAUAAUAAUUACUGAUAACAAGGUUGUUACCGUGUAUUUAAUAGCUGAAAACACAAACAUAUUAAAUGAUGUGAAGAACUGUGAUCUACUAUCGUCUCAUAAGGUAGAAAUACCUUGUUUUAAGCUCAUUUCUUUCGAAUUAAACUCGGUAUCCUUCAUAAGAACCAUUUUAAAUCAUGGAUUCAUUCGUUUUGGUAUAUCAAAACAAUUGUAUUAAUUGUUUGGAAAAUCUUAU